AUGAAUGAUAAUAUAAAAUGUGUUAAUUGUCGAUCGAUGGCUAAUUUACUAAUACAUCGACAACAUUCACAUGGUUUAUGUGAUGGUUUUACCACGAUUUUAUUUUAUGCACGUGAAAUGCAAAAAUUAGCUGAAGAAGUUCAAUCAUAUAGUGGAGAACAUCGUAUUGAAUUAGGUGAUAUUGAAUGGAAAGUAUUUCCUGAUAAUUGGCCAAAUAUUUUUAUUCAUAAUUCUGAACAAAUUCGUAAUAGUCAUGUUCUAUUCUUAGCUUCAUUUCAUAGUCCACAAUAG